AUGUCCACCAAAAUGGCAAUUAAUCCUAAAUCAGUGUAUGUCUUGAAUCUGGAGUUGGAUUGCGACAAACAGUCGGUGCUCUACCGCUGCAACAAUAGGGAUAGUAUUCAAUUCAUCUAUGGAUCCACUCUAUUGGGUCGACACAUAUCCCUCUUCUCCAACUAUAGCCAAGAAAGUGUUCGUUUUGAUCGAAACAAAUACCACGAACUCGUGUUUAGAGAUGAGGUGACGACCAUCACCUUCGAGACGUCCGGUUCCUUCCACUUCUACUACAAGGAAUCCGCGGGUGAUGUCAUCUGCGGACAGUUCUAUAUAGUGGUCAGUCCUCAGCUCAAAGUGGGAUCUGAUGCGACCGCACGGCUCUUGGAUUUGAAUGCAAUUCAAUGCCAGACUGUGUUAACCAAAAGUUUGGGUCAGUUUGAGACCUGGAAGUCCAAACUCGAGGUGGCCUACAAGACGGGAUAUAAUAUGGUUCACUUCACGCCAAUUCAAGAACUCGGAGGUUCUAACUCAUCAUAUUGUCUGUCGGAUCAGUUGAAAUUGAAUCCUAUAUUUAGUUCAAAGGAUAAGGAAUACACUUUUGAUGAUAUCUCAGAGUUUACAGAAUGGAUGCGAAAGGAGUGGCAGAUAUUGUCGCUGACAGACAUCGUGUUGAACCACACGGCCAAUGAGUCGCCAUGGCUUCAGACACAUCCAGAGUGUGCCUACAAUUGUCUCAAUAGUCCGUGGCUGAGACCCGCGUAUCUAUUGGACAGAAUCUUGUAUCACCUCACGUGUGAUAUCAUUGAUAAUAAAUGGCAAACAAGAGGUCUGACUACUGAAGUGAAUACUGAACACCAUUUGAACUUAAUUAAAACUAUUCUUCAUGAGGAAUAUUUGCCAAUUGUAAUGAUAUUUGAAUUUGAUGAUCAAUGGACUGAGUCUUCCAUUGAGUCCAUUAGACAUAAGUUGACAGUACUUAACGAGAAUAUGAGGAAUGAAGUGAACCAUCAUUUGUCGGACGGCAUUGAGAAUGCAAUCAAAUCCAUGAGAUAUGAACGAAUCGACGAGUGGGGACCCAAACAUAAAUUGGUUUCCCUUAAACAACCGCUCGUUUGUCAAUAUUUUACACAUAAGGGUCCGGACCUCGAUUUGGUAGACGAACAGGCGUUGGUUUUCGAUGACAAUACCUCUCAGUUCUUAAUGGCUCACAACGGAUGGGUUAUGAAUGACGAUCCGCUCAGAAAUUUUGCCGAAAAGGGAAGCAAUAUUUAUAUCCGUCGAGAGCUGAUAGCUUGGGGCGAUUCAGUGAAACUCCGAUACGGGUCCACACCUAAUGAAUGCCCAUAUUUAUGGUCACAUAUGGAGAAAUACGUGAUACAAAUGGCCACAAUAUUCCACGGCAUACGUCUGGACAACUGUCACUCAACACCCAUACACGUGGCCUCACAUCUCAUAGACUGCGCCCGAAGAGUCAAUCCAAACCUCUAUUUAAUCGCAGAACUCUUCACAGCUCACGAAAAACGGUUGAGCAGAGGGUCGUCUGAAUAUCUGGUGCUUCCGUUACGUCCGACUGUAAGUCACGCCAUAUUCUUCGACAUCACUCACGACAACGAAUCACUGAUUGUCCGCCACUCGGCCUACGAUCCCUUACCAUCUGCAGCACUCAUCUCAAUGACUUACUCAGCAAUCGGUUCCAACAGAGGAUUUGAUGAGUUAGUCAACCAUCACAUCAAUGUUGUGACAGAAACCCGAGAAUAUAAGGCUUGGGAUCCAAAUAAUAUAUCGGAAGGCGUUUCCAUGGAUUCGGGAAUUAUUAAGUCGAAGCGAGAGCUAAAUAAACUGCACGAAUGGUUGGCAAUCAAUGGUUACAGCCAUCAGUUUGUCGAUCAGAGAGAUACCGAUACCGUAGCCGUGACUCGACAUAACCCACAGACACACGAGUCAGUUGUAUUGGUGGCGCGAACGGCCUUUCAAAAACCAUCCGACCCUAAGGCCAGUCCAUACCUGCCUCCUCUCAGAAUCGAUGGACUCAUCGAUAAAAUACUGUUUGAAACGCGAAUGACUGGCGAACCCGAAGAUGACUUUAUUAGAGACAAACUACUUAUCAAUGGUUUACAAGAGUUUAGAUCUGAAUUGAGAACUAAUAUCUCUGUAGACGAAAGUCAGAUGAUUAAAGCCAAUAGAAUCGGUGACUCUUAUGAGAUAAUAUUUUCUCAAUUUCCUGCCUCUUCUGUCAUUGCAUUUAAAGUGUCGUUCAGUUCAUACCAUAUGAAUGCUGUCCAACAGACACAUCAACUGAUCAAACAGUUGGAUGACAACAACAGUGACAUCAAUACAAUUAUUUCCAAUUUGUCUUUAAAUGACUUGAAUUUUGUAUUAUUUCGCUGUAAUCACGAAGAAGUGGAUGACAUAAAUGGUGGCGCAUAUGGACUAUCCGUAGCCGUGACUCGACAUAACCCACAGACACACGAGUCAGUUGUAUUGGUGGCGCGAACGGCCUUUCAAAAACCAUCCGACCCUAAGGCCAGUCCAUACCUGCCUCCUCUCAGAAUCGAUGGACUUAUCGAUAAAAUACUGUUUGAAACGCGAAUGACUGGCGAACCCGAAGAUGACUUUAUUAAAGACAAACUACUUAUCAAUGGUUUACAAGAAUUUAGAUCUGAAUUGAGAACUAAUAUCUCUGUAGACGAAAGUCAGAUGAUUAAAGCCAAUAGAAUCGGUGACUCUUAUGAGAUAAUGUUUACUCAAUUUCCUGCCUCUUCUGUCAUUGCAUUUAAAGUGUCGUUUAGUUCAUACCAUAUGAAUGCUGUCCAACAGACACAUCAACUGAUCAAACAGUUGGAUGACAACAACAGUGACAUCAAUACAAUUAUUUCCAAUUUGUCUUUAAAUGACUUGAAUUUUGUGUUAUUUCGCUGUAAUCACGAAGAAGUGGAUGACAUAAAUGGUGGCGCAUAUGGUCUGCCAAAUAUGGGACAAAUGAAUUACUGCGGAAUCGCUAGUGUUAUCUACUAUUUAAGACAUAUCAGGACUAAUAAUGAUCUAGGUCAUCCCCUGUGCGGUAACCUAAGGGACGGCAAUUGGCUCAUGGAUUACAUCGGCAAUAGACUGAAGAAAAAUCCUAAUACUAUUGCUUUGUCUGAGUGGUUGUCCAAAGCGUUCACUACAUUAUCACAAAUACCUCGAUAUCUAAUUCCACGAUAUUUUGACUCAAUUAUAACGCCAAUCUAUACACUGAUUUUGGAUCAGAUUUGGAACCAGUCGUCACCAUUUGUUCGCAAAGGGCCCAGAUUUGUACAGCUCUUGGCAUUGGGAGGUCUGGCGCUUGUGGGCACAAAUAAAACCGCUGUUUUACCCCCACUCUCACCUAAACUGGUGGAUGAGUUGUUACUAUUGCCAACAUUGGCUGCAGGUUUGGAUAACCUGCCGCCCUCCUUACGAGCGAUAUUACGCAGAGACGCUGUCUGGUGGUGGUUGCAGGCCAUCAAAGACUACUGUCUACUCGUACCAAAUGGUGUGCAGCUGUUGUCAGAGCCGGUCCGCAGGUUAUACCCGACUGAUGACUCGCCAGCGCUUCUGAGCGCCGAUAAUAUAGUAGAGGAACCGCUCUCUAAGACCAUCCAAGAGGCUCUUCAAAGACAUUUUGAUGGCAUUGAUUUCAUUGAGAAAAAUGCCGGCAAACAGAUCGAUGAACACAUGACUGAAGAAGGAUUCCAUAUACGAGUGGGUGUUUCUCGUGACACCGGCUUUGUAUUUGGUGGCAAUGCCCACAACUGCGGCACAUGGAUGGACAAAAUGGGCUCAUCGGCUAAGGCUGGCAAUAAGGGUCGGCCGAGUACUCCACGCGAUGGAUCGGCUGUUGAACUGAUAGGUCUGAGCAAAUCUGUGGCCACAUUUUUGGCCGAUUUGUCCGACAAAAAUCAAUACCCGUUUAAAGGGGUCAAAGAAAGUGAUGGAAAAGAGUUUACGUUUAGGGAAUGGGGGCUUAAAAUUAAAGAUAAUUUUGAGAAAUAUUUCCAUAUUUCCGAUGAUUCUAAUGAUGAGCUCAUUAACCGUCGGCUCAUA